GAUUUCGUCAAGUGUGUCCUGGAGAACGUGAAGCCAGCUCGGGGUCGAGAGCUGGUGGUGGAGAAGCUGGAUGGGCUGUGGGAUUGGCAGAGUUUUCUUGCGCCGCUUGAGCUCACCAUGUCCGGUCUAGCGAUCCUUCAGCACCAACAAGAUGUGAACUUUGGGUUUCGCAUCGUGACAAGGAAGGACAUGGCGAGCUACACAGGCUAUGAGAAAUGGGUGGCCCUUGCAGACGAGGAAAACAAGGAGGUGGAGCUUCACGACGAUUGCGAGCCGCAUGACCAAGACGUGUUUCUUUUGUGCAAACAAUUCAUGCACUCCACCGAGCUAUCGCAGAAGCCACUCUUUGUUCUCCCGGCAGGCCGCCUUUCCAGCCUGCAACCCUCUGGGCCCUCGAUGGUUUGCCCCAGAAAUGAUUUGGGUGAGCGCACCAGGCAUGAGUUCCGCAAGACCGCCCGUGCAAUUGCCGAGAGGCCAUGGUCGCUCACGGCCGCAAAGGAAUAUUUGGAACUUCUUUGUGACAACAAUGAAGCACAGACUUGGCCUCGCCCACCAGUCUUGUCAUUCAUCAACACUCCUCCUGAGGACUUGGUGACAUUGGUGGAUCAGCGAGCCAGGGCCGGGAUUCCAAAUGAGCUGGCAGAUUUCGCACCUGGCACGCCCAGGAGAGUGGUGGUGGCGCAAGCAAAGCCAAAGGCUGAGGGCCGUGGUAGAGGAAGUGGUCGUGGUGGGAGGGGCGCCGGGAGGGGCAGGGGUGCUGCCCGAGAUGCUGAUGCUGAAGAUGGCAGGGCAGCUGGCGAUGAUCCGCCGGAUGAGCCCCCCGAUCCUCCCACAGCCCGAGUCAGGAGAAUGAAACGCCCAGCUAGUGCAUACAGGGGUGAGCGAAUGCCAGCUGAAUCUGCGCCCUAG